UCGGUGCCGGGGGGGUGGGGGGGUGGGCGGGGGCGUCCCGGCCGCGACGCGACCAUGACUCUGGAGUCCAUGAUGGCCUGUUGCCUGAGCGACGAGGUGAAGGAGUCGAAGCGCAUCAACGCCGAGAUCGAGAAGCAGCUGCGGAGGGACAAGCGCGACGCGCGCCGCGAGCUGAAGCUGCUGCUGCUGGGCACUGGGGAGAGUGGGAAAAGCACGUUCAUUAAGCAAAUGCGUAUAAUUCAUGGCUCAGGCUACUCUGAAGAGGACAAAAAAGGCUUCACCAAGCUGGUGUACCAAAACAUCUUCACUGCCAUGCAGUCUAUGAUAAGAGCCAUGGAGACCCUGAAGAUUCUGUACAAAUAUGAACAGAACAAGGCCAAUGCAGUGCUGAUCCGAGAAGUGGAUGUAGAAAAGGUCAUGACAUUUGAGCAGCCAUAUGUAAGUGCAAUUAAAACAUUGUGGAAUGACCCUGGAAUACAAGAGUGUUAUGACAGGAGAAGAGAAUAUCAGCUUUCUGACUCAGCUAAAUACUAUCUCAGCGAUGUGGAUCGUAUCGCUACCCCAGGAUAUCUACCAACUCAGCAAGAUGUGCUACGGGUUAGAGUCCCUACAACCGGGAUCAUAGAGUACCCCUUUGACCUAGAGAAUAUUAUCUUCAGAAUGGUGGAUGUUGGAGGUCAAAGAUCAGAACGAAGGAAGUGGAUCCAUUGCUUUGAAAAUGUGACUUCCAUCAUGUUUUUAGUAGCACUUAGUGAAUAUGACCAAGUUCUGGUGGAAUCGGAUAAUGAGAACCGGAUGGAAGAGAGUAAAGCUCUCUUUCGAACCAUUAUAACUUAUCCAUGGUUCCAAAACUCUUCUGUUAUCCUCUUUCUCAACAAGAAAGAUUUGUUGGAAGACAAGAUCCUGUAUUCCCACCUUGUUGACUAUUUCCCAGAGUUUGAUGGCCCACAGAGGGAUGCACAGGCAGCCCGCGAGUUCAUCCUCAAGAUGUUUGUGGAUUUAAAUCCCGACAGUGAUAAAAUCAUCUAUUCCCAUUUCACAUGUGCCACAGACACAGAAAACAUCCGUUUCGUCUUUGCAGCUGUCAAGGACACCAUCCUACAGCUCAACCUGAAGGAGUACAACCUGGUUUGACCUGCUCUGCUCUUGCCCCUUGAGAGGCUUCUUUGUGAAGAAAAGACAAAAAAUGAAAUUUUAAAUAUGACAGGAAAAAAAAAAAAAAAGUUUUAAUUUUUGAUGAUGUAAUGAUUGCAAAUUGUCUGAUCUGUGGAGUGGCAAGUGCUCGGUGUUAUCCUGGAGUCUCAUGUCUCUGUCCACAGAGUAGUUGAUUUCAUAUUUUUAACAAAUUGCUUUUAUGUCACAGUUAACGGGGAUAUGCCUCAUUUCUUCAGCACCUUGCUUACUUCUUAAUUUUUGCCAAGCAGCUAAGGCAGCCUCAUCUUGAUCUUUCCUUUGUUGCUAAGCCACCUUUUUUUUUCCCCCCCUUUCAUUCCCGUGGUAUAUGUAGAAAAAAACCAAAAAUCCCCAACACUUUCCAGCUGAGAUCGUGAAUUCACUGGACUGUGGGAGUGCAGAAUGCUACUGGUCCCUUUGCCUUGUGCUAGAGGGUGCCUCUGGUGUAAUUUGCUAAUCCUGCUUCCUUCCCCUCCUUCUUUCCUUUCCCUUCCCCAGGACACGCUCCAUGGUUCACUGUGAUGAAAUGUUGGGGAGGAGCAAUUGCUCUCCAACUAUUGUGCAAAAAAAAAAAAGAAAAAGGCAAAACAAACAAACAAAAAAAGCCAUCACUUUUCCAUUCUUUAUAUGUUCUGAGUAAUUUUUUGUUAUCAAUUAUAAAAGGUAUGGAGACUGUGAUUUUUUUUUUUUUAAAUUAUUGAUGUUCUAUACAUAGUUUGCUAUGUGUUGCUGUAUUUUGUUCAUGGACUACAAAUGAUGGAAGCUCUUGGAGCAAUAGCUGCUGAGCCUGGGGAAGUGCCUGACUGUAAUUGUUCUUUAUUUUAUUUCAUUUUUAUUUCUUCUUUUUUUAUUUUUUUUUCUCCUUUUCCACACACAUAAACACAUCCCACCCACACCACAAGCGCAUGGCCGUGUGCGCACAAGGCUCAGUCUGCAGAGAGGAACUGUUUUGUUGGAUAGAGUUUUUGAUAUCAAUCAGCAACUUCUCUAUGCAGCAGUUACCAAAAGCACACUGAGUGAUUGUGCCAUUCGAACAUCAGACUUUGCCUGGAUUGAAAACCUUAGUCCCGUGCCAUCCUCUAGGUCUUUCCUUGCUGCCUCGUAGCAAUCAAGCCUUGUUUUAUUGCAUUUUGUGCCAGUGUGUGAAUGACUUUGUAAGAAUUCCUCAGCCUUGUCCAGCUUGCAGAGUUUCAGAGAGGACCAGAGCUGGAGGGUGACAGGCUCUGGUAGGAUUCUUACUAGGGGAGAUUGAGGAUAGCUCUUGGAGGGAGCAGCAGUUGUGUCUCUCCCAUUUCUGCAUUCCCCUGAGGCACACGCUGCUGUGUCCCUCUUUGGAGGAGUAUGGGAUCCUCUUUGGAAGACUUGCACACAUCCUUGCUCCAGGGUGCCUGUGAUCACUGUUAGCUGCUGCAGAAUCCAGAGAGCCCUGCCCUGGCUGCUGCUGGUGCAGCAGGAGAGGAGAAGAGAGGCAGCAGCACUUGCUGGAAGGCAGAGGGGAUGUAGUUCUGGAUUCUGAAUGCCUCCUGAAUCUCCACUGAGCAGGAGGAGGUGAAGCCUUUGCCCUUAGGAGAGCUUUAUUUUCCAGGAGCUGAGGCAGGUCCAGGUGCUGGAGGGCUGCUGCCAGCCUGGGAGAAAGAAGUGCAUCGGCAAGGCAGGGAGAGAGAGAGAGGGAAGCAGGAGAUGUGACCCACGUCUGGACGUGUGUCAGUCAGCCAUCACUGAUGCUUCUGUUUCAGUUCCAACGAGUAGCAUUGGGUCCAAAUUCUCUGGAUCAACCAGAUUGCCCCCUUGAAGGCUGCCAGUAGAAAAAAGACUAAAUGAGCUGCACUGUUGAAGGGGGCUGUUGAUAUUUUGUCUCUUUUGUAGACAGAGCACUACAUCAGUGUUUUGCACAACAUUGUAAGAGUAAAUCUAUCUGUCUGAGAUGCUUAAGAUGCUUUGAUCUAGAACACUAAACUAUGGAGGGGACAUAAUUUUGAAUAAUUCUGUUGAUGGGUCCCUCAUUUUCCCGAGUAGCUGAGCGAAGCCUCUGUGGGCUCAGAGCACUACAGAGCAAAGCAAGCUCUGCUCCAAGUGAUUACAGAGCUCUAGUUGGAACAGUAGCCAUGGGACCAACAGCUGAAGAGCCAGUCUGAGUGGUGAUGCUGAGGGAAACGUAGCAUCUCUUUAGACUAGCCAUGCUCUGGACUGCAUUUAACCCUUGGGAGGAAUGAGAGGGAUUCCCAUGUGUCAGACAGCUUUGCAUCCAUUUUACUGCUUUUUUUUUUUUUUUUUUUUUUUUUUUAUCUUUAUGCCAAAAUGAUCCAGUUUGUAGAAAUUGUCUUCUAAAAAGGAAUUUAUAAUCAUCUUCAUGUAUUCUAAGUGCUGUUCCUCUGAAGCAGACGGCAGCACCAGCCUCUUCCGCUUCUGUGAUCCUUUUGUAAAUGGUUCACACUACAGCUGUUGCCAGCAAUGAGCUUGGCACUGAUAAACAGCUUCUUGGAAAAUGACUUCCCAGAAGUUUCUCUUUUCCAAGGUGAAUGAUGGUGGUACUUCCACUUGAAUCAGAAACUUUUUUUCGUCUUGUUUUGUACCUUCCCCUUUCUUUAAGAGCUGCUGCCCUGGCACAGGAGGAGGGAUCUUGGCAUCUGUCUCUUGCAGAGUGACUCUGCAUCGUGGCAGGCAAUUGUGGGAGGCUGUGGGCACAAGGAUUUAGGAAAUGUGCUGUACCUUGUGGGGCACCUGCUUGGGGAAGCUGUUGGCCUGAGAACUGGCUCAGGGCAGGGAGGGAAGGGCCGAGUGUUGCUCAGUGGCUCUCGUUGAGUUCCUGCAACCUCCUCCUGAAUUGGGGUAGGAAUGGGUCAGACCUGUACACAUCACCUGGAGUUGUCUGUGACUGUAUCAUGUGAGGAGAUACCAGUUGUUAGCAUGUGCUUUCCUUAGUAAGCAGCUGCUUGUGUGCCUCCAGCUUGGCCAGUGAAGUGCUCCUGCAGAACUGGCUCCUGUCUCUGUUGGCUGGCAAAUGCCUGCCCUAGCAAAAGUGCCAAACCUUAAAACCAAAUUUGCCUGUAUCAACCUUUCUGAAAGCGAGGCCUGUCAGAAUUCUCUGCAGGUUGAGAGUGACUUUCAGAAGAGAGGUAAAAUUGGGUUGUUGUAGGGAAUCUAGAGUCUGAGGAGUUGGUCUCCUUGCUAACCUCUGCUCCUUGUGUACUUUUAAUCUUUGUUCUGUUAAAGAAACCAUCAUACUUUGAACCAGUUUGAAACUUGAAGUCAGUGAGCAGAGGACCAUCCCUUUUCCUUGCACCAUUCCAUGUGGAUUGGCUACCUGGUGAGCAAAAGCCCCUUCCAGCUGCAGCGUGUCAGCUCCUGCCCUUCCUGCCUCCCCCCUUCUCCUCGAGUUGGAUUCUUUGGUCUCUUGUUGUUGCUUCCUAGCAAUGUUGGCCUUGCGUUCAACUAUGGUUUUUCUUCCUGUGUUUUAUUGGUUAAAAAAAAAAAUAAAAUAAAAAAGACAAAAAAAAAUUAAAAAAAAAAAAAGACAAAAAAAAAAAAGUACUUCCAGAGUGUGCUGACCAUUGUAUUGUCCUGUACAGAGCCCAGGUCGUUAGAGUCCAGCAGAGAUAAAGUGUGUUAUGCAGCACCCAGUUUUUUAAGAGUAUGGUUUGUGCCAAUGCCCCUUCUUUAGUAGUGCCAGAGACUCUUUACAAGUGCCAAUGUGGUGGAAAUUAUUUGGUUAUACUUGUAUAUUAUAGGAUCCUGAUUUAAGACAAUUUAAACAUUAUCCUAUUUAAAAAGAAUACUAUAUAAAAUGCUGUUUUUAAACCUUGUCAUUUGCAAUGCAUGUAUUGUUGUGCGUGUUGGGGGGCGGGGAGGGAAGAGGGUGGGGUAAAGGAGUUUCUGAAUAAGAUGCCCAGUGUCAGGAUCUAUUCAGACUCCAAACUGUCUCAUUCCAGUCCAGGAGUGUGAUUGUUUCUUGGAAUGAUCCCACUCUGACUGCUGGGCAACACGCUUAUUACAGAAAUAUCUGAUGGAAAUUGAUUUUCAUAUCUUUCUCCUGAAAUAAACUCUCUGUUUGAAAUUGGAAUAAAUUUUGUUCC